GGACCAGUGGCAGAGGGGAGAAUUGGAGGACCAGUGGCAGUGGAGAGUCUUGGAGGACCAUCUCGGAGGACCAGUGGCAAAUGGAGAGCCUUGGAGGACCAUCUCGGAGGACCAGUGGCAAGUGGAGAGCCUUGGAGAAACAUCUCGGAGGACCAGGGCAGUGGGGAGUCUUGGCGAACCAAUGGCGGUGAAGUGGCUUGGAGGACCAUCUUGGAGGACGGUGAAGAGAGCGCCUCGUUGUGGCUCGGGGCACAGGCGGUUGCAGCGGGACGGGGGCGGUUACGGAGUCGGGGGAAGUGAGCGGCUGCUGUGUGACUAGUCCCUCUCCCGCGGUCUCGCCGGGGACAGUGCUUUGGGUUAGCGUUAAGGAGACAAUAACGCCUGACCCCCUCCCUCCCCUCUCAACACCGAGGGAAGGGGCCCGGGAUCCGGGACCUGGCGGGGACCCGACCUGUGAGUCUUUAUUGGGAGGAGGGGUUGCCGGCAAAGAGCGACACAAUAACCCCGCGGAGCAGCUGGAGAGGACAGCGAGGGAGGAUGUAAAAGAAACGGCUCCGAAAGAGCGGGAUUCGGGGCGGACGCUCUUGGAAAAGCCGGGGAUGGGGCAGCAGCAGGCCCGUGUCGGCGGGGCUGCUGGUGUUGGUGCAGUUGUGGAGACAGUCCAGCCGGGCAGGGGGAGGGUUGGCACAACGAGGCCCGGACACGGGGGAAGGCGGCGAGACACGGCAGCCAGGGGCAGUGAGGCCGCCUGUAAUAUCUUCAUUCACCACGAAGUUUUGCACCGUCCAUUUGGUUCUGACACUGAUUCGCAGACACUCAAUGAAGCAGUGAGGUGGAGUUCGAAGGAGAACCUCUUGGGAGCAGCUGAAAGUGAUCCUAAUCUAUUUGUUGCACUUUAUGACUUUGUUGCAAGUGGUGACAACACACUAAGCAUUACUAAAGGUGAAAAGCUACGUGUGCUGUGUUAUAACCAGAAUGGCGAAUGGUGUGAGGUGCGCUCGAAGAACGGGCAGGGAUGGGUCCCUAGCAAUUAUAUCACACCUGUAAAUAGCCUGGAAAAGCACUCCUGGUACCAUGGCCCUGUCUCACGUAGUGCAGCUGAGUAUCUGCUUAGCAGCCUCAUCAAUGGCAGCUUUCUUGUGCGAGAAAGUGAGAGCAGUCCAGGACAACUAUCCAUAUCCCUCCGCUACGAAGGGCGAGUUUACCACUACAGAAUCAACACUACACAUGAUGCCAAGGUGUAUGUGACAGCAGAGAGCCGGUUUAACACUUUGGCAGAGCUUGUUCAUCACCAUUCCACUGUGGCCGAUGGGCUGGUCACGACCCUGCACUACCCUGCUCCAAAAUGCAACAAACCCACUGUUUACGGAGUCUCUCCCAUACAUGACAAGUGGGAGAUGGAACGCACUGACAUCACAAUGAAACACAAGCUGGGCGGAGGGCAGUACGGGGAGGUGUACGUCGGAGUCUGGAAGAAAUACAGCCUUACCGUAGCAGUAAAAACACUGAAGGAGGACACAAUGGAGGUGGAGGAAUUCCUGAAGGAAGCUGCUGUAAUGAAAGAAAUUAAACAUCCAAAUUUAGUUCAGCUGCUAGGUGUUUGUACUUUGGAACCCCCCUUUUACAUUGUCACUGAAUACAUGCCACAUGGGAAUUUGCUGGACUAUUUACGUGAAUGCAACAGAGAGGAGGUGAAUGCUGUUGUGCUCUUGUACAUGGCCACACAGAUCUCCUCUGCCAUGGAGUAUCUGGAGAAAAAGAACUUCAUUCACAGAGACCUGGCUGCUCGUAACUGCCUGGUUGGUGAGAAUCAUGUGGUGAAAGUUGCAGACUUUGGCUUGAGCAGGUUAAUGACUGGUGAUACCUACACUGCCCACGCUGGAGCUAAAUUCCCAAUUAAAUGGACUGCACCAGAAAGCCUUGCUUACAAUACCUUCUCAAUAAAAUCUGAUGUAUGGGCAUUUGGAGUGCUACUGUGGGAAAUUGCCACAUAUGGGAUGUCUCCAUAUCCGGGAAUUGAUCUGUCUCAGGUCUAUGAUUUACUUGAGAAGGGAUACAGAAUGGAGCAACCUGAGGGCUGUCCACCCAAAGUCUAUGAACUGAUGAGAUCAUGUUGGCAGUGGAAUCCCAUGGAGCGCCCAUCAUUUGCUGAGAUCCAUCAAGCAUUUGAAACCAUGUUCCAUGACUCCAGUAUUUCAGAAGAAGUUGCAGAAGAGCUUGGAAAAACUGCUUCUUCAACUGUGAUCACCCACCAGCUUCAGUUACCCCUGCUCCCAACAAAAACUCGAACACUAAAGAAAAAUGCAGAAAAUAAGGAAAACAUGGACAUGGAUCAUCCUGCUGUGGCUCAAACCACGGUGCCAGGAAUGGGAACAAACACAGCCCCAUGUAGCAUCUCCCCAGCAUUGCCUCGUAAGCAGAGAGAUAAAUCUCCUAGUGGUCUCCUGGACGAUAGCAAAGAGACCCUGUUUACUAGAGAUAGAAAAGCUGGCUUCUUCAGUUCCUUUAUGAAGAAGAAGACUGUACCUAUGCCUCCUAAGCGCAGCAGCUCCUUCCGAGAGAUGGAGAACCACCCACACAAAAAAUACGAGAUAACGGGUAACUUUUCUUCUUUCUCGUCAUUUCAGCACUCAGAUGGUCUUACGUUUGUCCAGUCGCAUGCUGAUGGGAAUCACACACAAGCUAGGUGCUGUGGAAGGGGUUCUGUGCAAAGAAAUGGUGGUGUAACUAGUGGAGGGUGGGCAGGAUUUGCAGGAUUUUUCACUCCACGCUUAAUAAAAAAGACACUUGGCUUAAAAGCUGGGAAGCCUUCGAGUAAUGAUGAUUCAAGCUUGGAAGCCACCAAACCUUUCCCUCGGUCAAAUUCUACUUCUUCCAUGUCUUCAGGGCUGCAGGAGCUGGAUCGACUAGCCUUGACUCUUCCUAGAAAUUGUCACCGCAACAGAAUUCAACUAGAACAUCCAGUCCCCAUCAUCUCUAAGGAGGAGGGACUGGGAAGGCUGACAGAUCCACUACAUAGAAAAGCAGAAGAUGGAAUUUCUUCAUUGAGAGACAAAUCAAAAGCAAAGCUCUUAGCAAGGGGUGUUGCAACACCUCUCCGGGCCCAUGCAGGCGAUGGAGACAGUGAUCUUUCACAGAACCUAAACUCAAUACAUGUUGGGCGCGGAGAAGCCAAUAUUAGUCAUUCCGGACCUAUAGGCGUGAAAGAGGAUGUGGAGAAGACAGGUUGGUCCUCUCCAGUGAAGAUUGCUGCAACACUACCAGCAACUCAUAAUCAUAAAGUACCUGUUCUGAUAUCGCCAACUUUGAAGCAUGCUCCUGCAGAAGUUCAGCUGAUUGGAACAGAUUCUCUAGGAAACAAAUUCAAACUGCUGUCAGAACACCAGGUUGCAACAGAAAGGGAGAGGCCAAGGCUUGUAAAGCCAAAAUGUGCACCACCCCCACCCCCUCCACCUUCUCUAAAACUAUUGCAACCUCCUUCUAGCACAGGUCUCAACAGCACAGAAACAGCAGAGGACUGUGAGAGCACAUCAACAGCACAGCAGGAGGUUGAUAUUAAUGGUGAAAGUGGCAAAAGGCCAAUGAUGGCUGUGUUAGGGAAGAUCUCCAGGCCAUCUCUGCCACCCCCUCAAGUGCCUCCAUCUUCAUCCAUUCCCACAGCAGCUUCCUCUAAACUUGCAAAUGGUGCCUCUGUGACUACGGGUACUAGAAUUUCCUUGCGAAAAACCAAGCUGCCACCAGAGAAGGUGCCAACAGAAAAAAUCAGCAAAGAAGCACUAUUGGAGUGUGCUGAGCUUCUCUCCAGUGUUAUUGACAGCGGCUCAGAGUCCAUCUCCAACAGCCAGUUAGUUGAAGCGGGAUAUCGGUUGCUUGAUCAUUGUACUGGUUACGUGGACUGCAUUACACAGAUGAGGAACAAGUUUGCUUUCCGUGAAGCUGUAAACAAAUUAGAACAGAGCCUGCAUGAGCUCCAGGUAACCUCCACAGCUUCUACUGGACUUCCUACAAACCCUGUGUUCAGUAACUUACUGACAUGUGCUAAAGAGCUAAGUGAUAUUGUGCAGAGGUAGCCAACAUGGCCAUACUGUGUGUGUGAGGUUUAGUGACUCAAGUUUAUUAUCUGAAGUACCUCAGCAAAUGUUCAGCUCUUCAAUGUUUACAGAUUCAUCUCUUUCAGUCAGUGGAGUCCUGGUUAAAGCUAUCUGUGCAUAGUGAGACUGCGGGAGGGUUGGGAGGAACAUUAUCUCCACUUUUUACUGGGUGGAAUGCUACUCCUAAUAUAAGAUACAUUUGGUGGAAAAGGUCCAAAACCAGCUAUUUUGAGUCAGGACCCUGGUAAGCUUUUUUCCCCAUACUGGACAGUUCUAAGGGACCCUUUUGAAAGGAAGUCAAACCUAACAGUUUUAGAAUACCUAAUCAUGUGGUUAUGAUCAAUUAUUUAAGUGCAAAAUACAACACAAAGUCUUGUCACUGGACUUAUUUUGUGUACUUGUAUCAGUACACUAUCACAAAAAUAUACUUAAGUCAGUUUGCUUUACUGUUACCCAGUGCUGCUUAUGUGGUAAUGUUAAUUCAUCACCAGUGAUUCCCAUCACAAUCAACAGUGGUGCAGGUAUCGACCUUCAGGCACCAACACUAUGGUAUUGAUACAUGGUGCAAAACUCUGUCCAGCAUCACCAAAAUGUCGAAAAGCAAGUGCCAAGUGUUUUUCAGAGUUCAGGUGGACAUAGUAUGAAAGGCCAUGCGCCCACUAUUAAUCUCUACUGACAUGGUAGUGACAAAACUGUAAAUUAAAAGUUAGGCAUGUUGACUUCCUCUUCAUAUUUGGUGAUAUAAUGUUGACAGUGCCUCUUGGAAAUACUCUCUCUUUAGGAGCAACAUCCAGGCAAAACUUUAAUAUCAUCAGACCUGUAGAUUAAUUCAGGUUGGUAAUUCUUUCUGUAAUUCCUACAGUGGCAGUGUUUUCCCUGCAACUUUUUUUUGGCAGCAGUGUUGGAAUUCCAUGGAAUUCCUACUUCAGAAAGUCCCUCAGAACUGUCAUGGGAUUAAAGAUGUUUCUAUGUAAUGUUGCUUUUCAGAAUGGACCUCAUGCUUCUAUUUUUAGUGAAUAGAAAAAAUGUUACAUGGCAGAAUCUGCUGUGACUUCAGAAUGACAAUGUGAAUUGUAUUUCCUUGGGAUUGCUAUGUGAAUCUACUGUGUUUGCUGUGAGUGUAGAAAAUGACAUCCCUAAAUCAUGCACACAGUCAAGUCAGACCUCUACCACAGUCAAUAUUUAUGACAGCGAUCCCCUCUCCCCUGCCCCACGUACUCACCCUGUGGUGUUGGAGCAUCUUGAAGGUCCCACAGGAAUAUUGCAUCUGUUUUUUCUCUGUUCACAGCAAAAGAUUAUGCAAAGAAAAGUGCACAUAUUUUGGAAUCACGUCUUAAGCCAUGUAUCCUGUGUAGAAAACAUCGUUUCUCUGGUAAAGGAAAUUUAGUUUGUGACAAAUAAUAGUGCUUUGCACUGUAUACAUCUGCCAGUUUCCCAUUUUAUGACUGUUAAAGAAAAGCUUCUUAAUCCAGGUUCCUGUCUUUAAAUCAGAAAUGACUAGCUCUGACAAACAGCUGGUUGUCUAAUUAGUGACCAGGAAGAUAAUUUUAAAGAUUUCCCUUUAACGUGCCAGCAUGCAGACAUUUUACCAUUCAUUUUAUCAGUUUUUAAUUUUUUUAAUGCAAGCCCAGUGAGGGGCCAGUGUACCUAUCCUUAUAACUAUGUACCUCUCUACCCCAUCACAUUAGUGCUCCUGAAGGUGUGCUUGGUUCUUUUUGAGGUGUUCCAAUUAAUUUUGUGCCACCAGCGAAUUAUUAAAUUUUCACUCUUUCCGGCACUCAGUCGUACAUGAUCAUCAUCAUCACUGCUUCUCAAAUAGCCACAAAACAUGUGCACGGGUGUCACACAAGAUUAGGUUUGCUAAGACCAUAUAUUUAAAUAGAGCAACCUUUUUUUUCUGUGAAGAAAAAGUGUUGAGCCAUGAGCUGUGCCCAGUACAAAGAGGCAGCAACGUGAAUUGCAGCCAAGGGUGCAUUUUAUUCAUGUUGGGAUUUGAAGUUGCGACUGUAUGCACUAGUUAAUACCAAGGCAACACUUAAUAACACGUUGUGUCCUUUUUCUAAAGAAAGCUUAGUCUAUUUGUACCAUAGAGCACUGAUCAUUAGGAACAUGACAAUGGCCCCUCAAGUCAUUUUCCCUCACUGUUCCCUACUAGUUAUGCUAAGACUAGGCAAAAUACUGUUUUUCUGAAAACACUAGAAUAACCUUGCUGUGUCCAGUGAAAUGCAGAAUUUUUAUUUUUUUAUUUUUAAGUGCUGUGACCGUCCAAAUGUGUUUGCAGUAUUACCUGUGGACUGUCAUUUCAGACUGUUUGCUGCUGAUAAUUUGCAGAAAUACUCUGUGUGCAUUUAUACCAAAGGCCACUUGGUUCAGUCAUUUUUUUGUGCAAUUUAGGCUGGGUCAAAAUCAUUUCUGGCUUCAUCAAUCCUGAUUUUGUUGAUUCUUUUCAUGUCCUGAUUCUCCCUGGGGUACACAACAAUUCAUUAAAUGUCCCUCCAGCUGUGAGCAAUUUGUCAUUAAAAAUGUUGAAACCAUUAAAAUAAAUGCAAUCCUUACAGUUAGUAAAAUUAUCCCUGGCAAAAUUCUGAAGCUCUAAUUAUAAAAGGUAAGACUAAAAGACUAAAGAAACAGAGUUCCAGAAUGACCAUUGUGCUUGGGGCCAAUUGUGUCUUGAUACCUGUUGUUUUCACUAUUCGGUAUAAAAUGAAUAUCUGCCCACUUUUGAAAUGACAAGUUCAUUAAUUCUAAUAAUCUUUUUUUUGAAAUAUAAUAAAAUCUCCUCAUACAUUUGUAUGUGUCAGGGCAAAAUUGACCAAGACAGGGAAAUUAUUUAACCGAUUCUUCUCCCAACCGGAUGGGCUCAGCCCUGAAUGACUAUCCAUAGUUUACUGGCUCUAUAAUCCCCCGCAGUUCGGGAGGGAGGGUGGUGAUGGUUGCCGCAAAAUGCUGCAGAACUAGUUUAUUUCACACAGACCAAUCAUUUCGCUGACAAGGCAGAGAUCACAAUUAAAAUCAAGAACAAAAUCUCUAUUAUAACCGAGGUGAUGUGAUCCACUAAUAAUAAGAAAUUAUAACACUCAGCUUGAAGAAUCCAAUAUCUUAUCCUCCUCCCCAGUAAUUAAAAACUUCUGUGACCUUUAUUACAUUGCAAUAUUCUGUCACAAUCACACCAUGUUCUUAGAUGUAAAUUUAGAGCAGAAUGGAGCCCUUUUAAUCCGGACUGAAGUUCAAAUUGUCAGAAAAUGUUUUAAGUUUUAUAAUUUGAUUCUGUACCAGUGAAGCUUAUGAGUUCAAAAUUAUUAGGAUUUUACUCAAAUCAUGGUGUGAAAUCCUAAAUGACUAAUCACAAUCAGGGUCAGCCUUGGCUUAGUUAUAGAACUCUUGUCUCUGAGGCAGAAGGUUAUGGGUUCAAGCCCCAUUCCAGAGUCUUGAGUGCAUGAUUUAGGCUGACAUUUCACUGCAGCAUUGAAGGAGCACUACAAUGUUGGAGGUGUAAUCUUUCAGGCAAGGUGGCAAACCUUAGGCCUCGUCUGCCCCAUUAGGUGGACACUACUCAAAGAUCAGGUCCAGGUCCCCCAUCAAUCCAUCAACCAACAUCGCUAAAAUUUAUUACAGUAUCUGGGCAUUAUCACAUUACUGUUUGUGGGAUCUUGCUGUGUGGAAUAUUGGCUACCAUAUUUCCCUACGUUACAACAAUCACUACCCUUCAAAAGUAUUUAAUUGGCUGUAAAAUUGAUUGAUACAUUGUGAGAUCAUAUAAGGUUUGAAGCCUGGUUAUUCCCAGAUUGACUAAAAUACCUCCUUUUUUGUGUGUGUGUGUGUUGGGGGAGAUUAUUUUGUUACAUAUGGAUAUUUGUCAGGUUUUGCUAGAAAGCGGAAAUGAAUUUAUCCCAGCCUUUUAAACACUCUAAGAUGUGUAAAUAUGUGAAUUUAUCAGGGGUUUGAGGGAUGGCAGAACUACCAGAAUGAACACUAAAUGACACAAGCAGUAUUUUGUUCUUUUUGUACUAUAAAUAUGUUUGAGUUUGUAAUUAAAUUAUCACAAAUUAUGAAUCAACAGUGUUUUUGGCAGUGUUGGCUUGCUGUACAUAUGGUCAGAAUCCAUAAGUAACACAUCGUUCUCUAUUCCACAGUUAAGAAAAAUUAUUGACAUUUGAACCAUCUUACAAUGAACUGUGUUAUAGCUGGUAAACAUUUAUGAUGGUUACAUGUUCUCCAUUGUUUCGUUGUUCGUAAGCUUUUGCAAUGCUCCAGAAUGUUAAAUAUUUAAAUCUAUGCUACGUUUAAGGUGCUGAAAACUAAUUUAUUUUCGUUAUGGCUGCAAUGUUCAGAGCCCCACCCACAUGUCAAAGCACUUGAGUGUCAUUUUUCUUUCAAAAGUGCAUCUGCCUGAAAUGUGUUAUUCUGUUGAAUACUUUGCAGUAACUUAAAAUUGUUAUUUUGUU